AUGGUAAAGUCAUGGAGUGUCAGCUCUCUGCUGGCAACUACAUGUGCUGUGCUGGCCGCAGCAGAAGAGAGCUCCGUCUUCAGCAAAGCCUCCAACGAGAGCUUGCUCUGGGGCCCAUAUCGUCCCAAUCUGUACUUUGGCCUUCGACCACGAUUGCCCAAGUCGAUUCUGACAGGACUCCUCUGGGGAAGAGUGGAGGACUUCUCAACUAUUCAGCACAAUAUGCGCUUCACAUGCGAGCAAAAUGAGGGUAUGGCGGGCUACGGCUGGAACGCCUACGAUCCGCGAACGGGAGGUGUGCAGACGGUACACGACAAGGGCAAUGGCAUUGACAUGGAGAUGAGUUUUGUCAAGUUCGAAAAUGGGAAAGGGGGCUGGGGCGCUCGAAUCAAGGGAACGCCGAGAGAAGAGGGCGAUAGCAGCAUGAAGACUGCAGUCUGGUUUACCGUCAGUGCCGAAGGUCUGGGCAGCAUUACUCCCCUGGGCAGCCAGGACGCUGAAGAGUUGGGUUAUGCGGGUGAUGUGAUAUUGGAAGGCGAUGUGGGCCAGUUGGGUGAAUUCAGGUUAGCCAUCACUGAGCCUACACCACAAUCCCAUCCGUUGCACAACCAUGCUUCAUCCCAAGCCAAACCUCUGGACCACACGUUUGUGCAUUCCACGAAAGUUCCCGAGGAAGCGCUCUGGCAAUCGAAAGCUGUUCUCUUUCAAUCUUUGAAGACUACUAUCGAGGCAUAUAUCGAAGAAUACACCCAAGAGAACAUGCCGCCGCCUUGGCAAACUUACACUGUUCAGAACAAGCCUGGCCCAGGCAACAUGCACAUUGUGCAAAAGACCUUUGAAGGGCCCUUUGAGUUUGACAUUCUGUUCACUCCGAGUACCGCUGAGAAGCCCGCGUCGUCCCAGGAGCUGACCAAGUCUAUCCAAACUGUGCUGGAAUCUUUCGAGGAGAAGUAUCUAGAGGUACAUAAGCCCCUGGCUCCAUUCACAGACGACAAAUGGCUUGGCUUCAGCAAGUCUCUGUUUAGCAACCUGAUUGGAGGUAUUGGCUACUUUCAUGGCAAGCAGCUCAUCGAUCGCUCGUACGCACCAGAGUACGAAGAAGAGAAUGAGGGCUUUUGGAAUGAAGCAGAAGAGGCGCGCGCGCGAAACGCACAGGAGCUCGAAGGUCCAUAUGAGCUGUUCACUUCUGUCCCUUCGCGACCAUUCUUCCCACGCGGCUUCCUCUGGGACGAAGGUUUUCAUCUGCUGCCCAUCCUGGACUGGGAUACCGAGCUUGCCAUGCAGAUCGUCAGCUCAUGGUACAACACUAUGGACGAAGAUGGUUGGAUUGCACGUGAACAGGUCUUGGGCCCGGAGGCACAAAGUAAGGUGCCUCCAGAAUUCCUGACCCAAUAUCCCCACUAUGCCAAUCCACCGACGCUCUUCAUGGUGGUCGAAGCCAUCCUGGACAAGAUUGAGCACAAGGCUGGUUCCGGUGCCGAUUUGAAUCUCAAGACACUGGGUCACGUCGCAGGCCAUCACGUGGCGAGCCCAGAGUCCAUCAAGUCUUGGUUCAAAGAACUCUACCCUCUCCUACAGCGCAACUUUGAGUGGUACCGCAAGACCCAGUACGGCGACCUCAAAACUUAUGAUCGCGAAGCCUUCAGCUCCAAGGAAGGCUACCGAUGGCGAGGCAGAACACCGCGCCACAUCUUGACUUCAGGUCUGGACGACUACCCUCGCGCCCAGCCCCCUCACCCCGGCGAGCUCCACCUCGAUCUGAUCAGCUGGAUGGGCCUCAUGAGUCGCAACAUCCAACGCAUCGCAACCUAUCUCGGCGAAAACGACGACGCAGCCAAAUACGGCAAAAUCACCGAAGCCAUUCGUCGCAACGUCGACGACCUCCACUGGUCCAAAGAACACAACACCUACUGCGACACCACCAUUGACGACUAUGAGGAAACCACGCAUGUAUGCCACAAAGGCUACAUUAGCAUAUUCCCGCUCAUGACCGGUCUCCUCGACGCCAAACAUGAACAUUUACCGGCGAUUCUGGAUCUCAUUGCAGACGAAGAAGAACUGUGGAGUCCACAUGGGAUCCGCAGUUUGAGCAAGAACGACGCACUCUAUGGUACCGAGGAGAAUUAUUGGAGAAGUCCCGUGUGGAUGAAUUUGAAUUAUCUCAUCGUGAAGGAAUUAUACACUCUUGCCCUCCAGCCCGGCCCCUCACAGGUCCGUGCUUCACAGCUGUACACCUCUUUACGGCAGAAUCUGGUCAAUACCGUGUACAAUUCUUGGAAGGAAACGGGAUUCGCGUGGGAACAAUAUAACCCCGAGACGGGAGAGGGACAGCGUACACAGCAUUUUACCGGUUGGACGAGUUUGGUGGUCAAGAUUAUGGCCAUGCCUGAUAUCAGUAGUAGUGGUGGUGGUGCUGGGGCUGAAAAGGGAGGAGUGAGGGAUGAGCUGUAGGCGUGAUUGCAUGCUUGAAACGGAGAGUGUGUGUAUGAGAGAUGGGAGAGGUAGGGUUGGGAAGACUUUUUGAGUGCGUAAGAGCAUGCGCAAAGAACAGAA